AUGCAACCGUCAGUUAGGUACUUGGGUGUCUGGCUGGAUUCUCAUUUAAACUUUGAGGAAUAUUUUCGCCGUGUAGGGGCCAAGGCGACCGGGGUGUCUCGGGCAUUAUGCCGUUUAAUGCCUAAUCUUCGGGGUCCUAACGAGAGUAAGCGCAGAUUAUAUGCGAACGUAGUAACAGCGGUGAUUUUGUACAGGGCUUCUAUCUGGAGCCCUGCUCUGGAUGCUUCGGCCAAGUCGGGAAGGUUACUGCGGGGCUUCCAGCGAGAUAUUUGCAUCAGGGUGUGCUCUACUUAUAGAACGGCUUCUUUCGCAGCCGUGACUUUGCUAGCUCGUUCCCCUCUGUGGGCACUAGUGGCCGCGGAGAGAAGAAGAGUUUUCUUAAGAGUUAGGGACAUGAGACGCGGUGGCAAUGCCACAUUGUCGGAUGUUGAUAACAUACGAAUGGAGGAGGGAGUGGAGACGCGUCCGCAAUGGGAGACAUGGUUAGGAGGAGAUGGAAUUGCGGGUGAGCACACUCGGCUAGCUAUACUACCAUGUAUGAAUGACUGGAUGAUGAGAAACUGGGGAUCUCUACAUUUCCAUAUGACGCAAAUUAUUACUGGACAUGGUUGCUUUGGGACAUAUUUAGCUAGAAUUGGGAAAGUCCCGAAUGCGAGAUGCUUUUAUUGCCCAGCGGUCUCCGAUUCAUCGGAGCACACCCUGAUGGAGUGUACCGCUUGGAUUGCGGAGAGGGAUGUGCUGAAGGGAGUGCUUGGCCGCCCCCUCUCGCUGGCUGCCGUCCUGGAAGGGACGGUAAGCCGGCGGGAGGUGUGGUCAGCACUCUCAACAUUUUGUAGUGCUUUGAUGCGUGCGAAGGAAGAGGCGGAACGUCUACGACAGGCUCCGAAUCCACCGAGAAGGAAUGGCGACCCAGGAUAG